UAGGGACCAUGUUGAUCAGCUCACUUGUUUUACAGUAGGGAAACUGAGGCCCAGUGAAUCACUUACCAGUGUAAGGUCACAGGGACAACGGAGAUGAGGCUGGGGAUGGGCAUUCCAGUUACCACAGGAGCACUGACUUAGGGGACUUGCUCAAUAGCUCUCAAGAUCCCCUCCAAGGCAGGUGACACUGCCUCCAGCUGCAGGUAGGAGGUCCUGCCUCCCAGCCCCAGCCCAGAACGUGUGACUACGGGCAUCAUGAAGUCCAGCUGCCUCCCUGCCAUCUGCUUUGUCCUCUGCCUGGUGGGCACGGCCAGCUCCGAAAAGACCUCAGCCAAUCUCAAGCCAGGGGCCACUCAGAGCCCAUCUGGACGCCCCCCUGCCCUGUGCCAGCUUCCCCCAGAGACGGGCAUGUGCAAAGCCAUCUUCCACCGCUUCUUCUACAACGCUACCUCGGAUGAGUGCGAGCAGUUCAUCUACGGUGGUUGUCAGGGCAACGCCAACAAUUUCAAGACCAUAGAGCUCUGUGUGAGGGUCUGCAGGCCCCUGGUCACUAAUACGCCGGCCAAGAAGGCAGCUGACCGUCAACUACACUGAAGAGACCAAGGUCAACCGCAGCUGACGAUGCUACCUGCACACCCUAGGCCUUGGCCGAAAGCUGCCUCCAUGCCUGUGCCCAGGCCCUGUUCUGAGCCCUUCCUGUAACCCCCAAGCGUCCGUCAAUAAAGUAUGUAAAGUUGU